UUACCUCCUUUGUCCAGAUGCCAUGAUACACACCAUGCUCGCUUUCCUGGCAACCAGAGGAAAUACUCCAACGUACCCCCACAAGAUAAUUUUGGGAGAGGUGUGGGUGAGGAAGAAGGGGCAUGGAUGUGAGAGGGUGGCUAGGCCCAUGUGGCACGAGGAAUCAAACAUUAGGGCGACCUUUGUCCUCUUGUUUCAUGUGUCAAUGUUUCUAAUUAUCGGCGCCGUACGACUUUGGUCGGGGUCACUCCAUGUGCAAGCUACUGCUCUAUUGUCCUCCCUCAAGAUGAUCUGCAUCUUCCUUGCUUGUAGAGUCUACUAUAUCUUGGCCUUGCAGGUUGCAGCCUUUCCCCUUGAGCUGCAAUGAUGGGGCUGCAGGACACGGGCAGCGGCCGGAGGGGCAGCUUCUUCCAGUACCAGCGGCUGGAAUGCCGGGACGACGGGGCCACCCCGCGGCCCAGGCAGCGGCGGUGGCUGCCGUCUCUGACGACUGGUAAGGCGGCCUGCUCCUGCUUCUUCCAUCUCAAGAAGCUCAGGUGGAGCAGGAUCACUUCGGUCCUCCUGCCGAGGAAGGUCUCCGAGCCCUCCUCCUCCAAGAUCCGCCAUGCAAGCGUGGCGCACGCUGAGGAUGCCUGCCCGAGCAUCGUCUUCCUGUCGCAGUGGGGGCUGCCGGUGCUCUCUGGCCCGUCGGUGGCCGGUAACAGGGGCAAGCACUCCCGUGGGAAGGGCUACUGAGAGGCAGCAGCAGAGGCUUCUGCACAUUUUCCAGGUGUCGUCUCUGUUCCUAGCGACAUAUGCGUGUGUAUGAUGUGGUAUAUAUCUAGCUGAUCCUGUAAAUCGGAUUGUGUUCGUUGCUCUGUGCCGGGGUAGAUCUGGGAUCGGGUGUACCCUGCUGAUCGAUCGUGUCUGUGCGAAAAAAUGUAGGUCGAUUUUAAGUUGAUGCCAGGCAUAAGUACAAGCAAGACUCA